ACCUCGCCUUCGCCAACUCCAUUUCCAUCUCCAUCUAUCCAUCCAUCCAUCUAUCUAUCUAUCUAUCUAUCUAUCAACCUGAUCAAAAUGCCUCCCAAGAAAGAACCUGCCGCCCCCCUCCCCCCUCAGCUGCCUGGUGUCGAAGAGCCCGUUGCCGCCGACAUUGGUGGCCCCUCCCCCUUGACCAGCCAGUCCUCUGUCGCCCCCCCUCCCAGCCAGGAAUGUGCGCGUGUGCCAGGCGCCUCCUCCGCCAACGAGGAGGCGGACCUUCUUGAAAGGCUGGAAAGCAUCAUGCGCAAGAAAGAAGAUGUAGAAAAUAGAAUGGCCGCCUGCAGAGAGAGAGCAAAAGCUGCCAAGGAAGAAUUCAAGAAACAUGAGGAGAAUAUAGCUGCUAUGGAUGAGCGGUUGGAAACUUUGUACGCGGAAUCCCGGCGAAUUGACUCUUGCCUCAAGAACGGGUGUUGA